AUUUCCUCUCAUCCCCGGCGGAGGUGUUGUUUCUCGAGCCGGGCCCGGGCGGUGUUUUGGCUCGGCCUCGGUGUCGUCGCGCAAUGGCGGUGGACGAAGUGUCCGAGUUUCUGCAGCAGAACCGGCGGCUCUCCGACUGGCUGGAGACGGUGAAGGGAGACAGCGAGGCGGAGGGGCAUUGGAAGGCCCGGCGCGAGUUCAUCCUCCGCAACAUGCCGGAGGAGCAGAAGGCGAGCGGCGCGGAGCCGGGGCUCAACACCGACCGACUCCUCGCCCUCUCCAUGGUCUGGGCCAACCACGUCUUCCUGGGCUGCCGAUACUCAAACAAAGUGAUGGAUAAAGUGUUGGAGAUGGGUGAAGGGAUCGACGUUACAGAUGCUCCAGUACACACGACAAGGGGUGAAUUGGUAGCCAAUAAGAAGAAAAGGGAGCUUUCAAACAACAACGCAGAAAAAAUUAAAGAAGAACCUUGCGUUAAGAAAAAAGCUGUCGAAGAAGAUAAAUCCAUUGCAUUUCCUUCAUUGUCUGAAUCUACUGGAAAUGGCAGUCAGGAUGUUGAUCCCAACAAAAUUCCAGGUCUUGAUGGUUUUCCUGACAGUGAGCCAGCAGAUCCUUUGCCUGAACCUCAGGUGCAGGUUCCAGUCUGUCCUGCACCGUCCACUGACUCAAAUCAAAAAGAGGUCCAGCAAAUCCCAAAAGAAAAUGAAGUAAAGAAAGUUAGCACACCUGCACAGGUUCCGGUUACUCAUCAGCAAACACUGCCGCAUCGUUCUGAAUCUCCGGCGCAGAUUAAGAAUUUCUCAACUAAUUCUUCGGAGGCUAAGCCGACUGUUCAUCUAGACAUAGUUGAUCGCCCUGUCUCUGUAACAAAUUCCCAGAAGACAGCACAGCCGUCUGUUUCACAGAGUUGCAAGCCCCCCAUUACGGUGAUCAAUUUAACUCCUGAAGCUAUAAAAGAGAAGCAAACAUUUUACAAUAAACUCUACAAGGCUAUAGCAUGGAAGCUGGUGUCAGCUGGUGGUUUCAGCAAUGAUAUUAACCACUUAACCAUUUUGAGUAACUGCAUACAGUCAAACAAGGGGACACUUGAAAGCGUCUGUGUUCCCUUGAAAGAUAUUUCUGAGCUGCAUUUACCACAAAGCUCUGCCCGUGAAGGAAUUGUUUGUGAAUUACGGUGUAAAUCUGUUUAUUUAGCUACAGGAUAUGGUAAAUGCAAAGUGACUGCCAAAGAUAUGGCUGCCAAGGAGGCUGUGAAAUUAUUUUUGAAACACAAGGUUACAGUGAAGACGUGUAAAAGAAAAUUCAAAGGAAAUGAAAUUGAGGAUUUAGUACUUUUGAGUGAUGAGAUACAUCGGGUAAACUUAGCUCCUGCAUUAAUGAAUCCUUUAGAAUCUUCUACAAGGUAAACGUACUUAUAGAUGU